AUGCUCAACGAGACACGAUCCCUACCACAUCGGGUCGUGAACACCCUGAUAGGAACUCUAGUGGACAACCUAUAUUACCAACAAGACCCAUGGCCCGGAAACUUCAACGGGCAUCAUUUUUGGCACCAGAUUACCGACGAGCCACAAUAUUCAUCAUAUUCAUCCAAGGCCUCCUCGAUAAUUCACCCAUGUUUGCACCUAGCGCAUCGAGUACUCACAUGCACCAUUUUUUUCCGCUCCGAAGUGGGUCAAAUUUCAAAGGCGGAAUUAUUUUUUCUUUGGUGCAUGACUCGUGAGAAUGGCCCCCGGCCGGAUUUUGCCUCCUUCUUCUUCACCAAAUGUUACAACCUCAUGACUAUGGACAAAGGAGACAUUUUCAUUAGGGGAUUGAUCACCCUUAUUGCAUCCCGGACCCUACUUCAACUUCAUCUCUCCACCCUCCCAUUUGAGAAAGCUUUCGGCCCCUCUAGCCUUAACGGCCACACACUCCGUCGAAUGCAAAUCAUCCGGGAUUUGGUCAAUGGUCCCAUUUGGAAUCUUGACAAUCAACCAUACCUCAUUCUUCCACACAAAUAUAUAGGGUGUUUCGAACCAACCGACCCCGAAUAA